AUGGCGACGAAGACAUUAGAGGCUCGAUUCGAGCACUUGUCCGUCAAGGAGGAAAAGGAAGCUACCGCCAGCCGUGGCUAUGGCAAGCAAAAGGACUCUCUUUCUACCGCCUCUAGGCCCGGUCUGGGCGCGAGCCAAAGCAACUCCAACCGCGCCCAUUUGCUGAAGCUGGCUCUGCAAAAUACCAAUGACCACAAGACCAACUCAAUGAAUAUCCCUGCCUCCCCAGGCAAGGGAUCACAAGGCACCCUGGUGACCCGCAACACCGACGAAAACGGCGAGCAGCGCACCUCAACCUCUAGCACCGAGUCCCUUAUCCCUAGGGAGCUGCACCUCGGUAUGUUCGAGAUCGGCAAACCUCUUGGAAAGGGCAAGUUCGGCCGCGUCUACCUAGCCAAAGAGCGAUCGUCAGGAUUUGUCUGCGCCCUCAAGGUCCUGCACAAAUCGGAGCUGCAACAGGGCGGCGUCCAGAAGCAAGUUCGCCGCGAGAUCGAGAUCCAGAGUAACCUGCGCCACCCGAACGUACUGCGCCUGUACGGGCACUUCCACGACAGCAAGCGUAUCUUCCUGAUCCUGGAAUUCGCCGGCAAGGGAGAGCUGUACAAGCAUCUCCGUAAAGAGCACCGAUUCCCCGAGUGGAAGGCUGCGCAGUACAUUGCGCAGAUGGCGGCCGCUCUCAAAUACCUGCACAAGAAGCACGUCAUGCACCGCGACAUCAAGCCGGAGAAUAUCCUGGUCGGUAUUCACGGCGAGAUCAAGAUCAGUGAUUUCGGCUGGAGCGUGCAUGCCCCCAACAACCGCAGACAGACGAUGUGCGGGACACUCGACUACCUGCCCCCAGAGAUGCUGAAGCCCGGCUCUCAGGACAACUACUACAGUGAGAAGGUUGACCUGUGGAGUCUGGGUGUUUUGGCCUACGAGUUCUUGGUUGGUGAGGCGCCUUUCGAGGAUACGCCUGUUAUGACCCAGCGGCGAAUUGCCCGCGCGGAUAUGUCUGUACCUUCUUUCGUCAGCCCUGAGGCUAGGGACCUCAUCAAGCGAUUGCUUGUUCUUGACCCGGAGAAGCGUAUCCCCCUGGACGAAAUCCAGCGCCACCCUUGGAUCCUGAAGCACUGCGUUAAGGAAGCGAAGCGGAGCUCCGCCUCUUCCAAAGAGGGCAAGGCAUGA